CAUCCCGUCAUCGACGACCUCUCCUCCGUCGGCAGAUGCACGCGCUCUGCAGAACCGGCGUCGUGUAAUGUCGCCAUGCGCGUGGCCAGCCUCGGCACUGCUGGGCAAGGGCUGGCAACGCCUGCCCCUGCUCAGCGGCCCCUCAAUGCCGUCCCUUAAUGCCGUCAUCACCAAGUUCAACGGCCAACAACGCUCGUCGUACGCCGUCCUCGCCGGUGGCGCGCCGCGCUUCCAGGUCUUCAAUCGCCGCACAAAGUGGCUCCAGAAGGAGCGCGCGGCCUCAAAGCCUGAAGAGGGCCGCCAGGCCGACUACCUAAAGGACGAAGUCGCCCUGCGGCUCACGGAUCGGCUGCUGGUGAGCGCGCGCUGUUCGGCCUAUUUAAUUUCAUGGCAUCAUGGCAUCACGAGACACAUGCCCGUCGUGUGCUGACACCCCGUCUCCAGGACAUCAACCGGCACUUCCCCCGCGUCCUCGACCUCGGGGCCAACUCGUGCAACAUUGCGCGGGCUCUGGUCCAGGAGAACCCGGACCAGGAUCCUUCACAGCCGGAAUCACCGCCGCUGGCGACGCGGAUAUCAGAGCUCGUGGCCGCCGACUCGUCCGAGGCCCUUCUAUACCGCGAUGCGGACCUCGACUUCAACAAGAAGCUCAACAUCACGCGACAGGUGCUCGAAGACGAGGAGACCCUCCCCUACGAGGCAGAGUCGUUCGACCUGGUCUUGAGCUCCCUGAGCAUGCACUGGAUCAACGACCUCCCCGGCAUCCUGUCGCAAAUCAACCACGUCCUCAAGCCGGACAGCCCCUUCAUCGGGGCCAUGCUCGGCGGGGAUACCCUCUUCGAACUGCGCACGUCCCUCCAGCUCGCAGAGCAGGAGCGCAGAGGCGGCAUCUCCCCCCACGUCUCCCCGCUGGCCGACGUCCGGGAUGUGGGCGGCUUGCUCCAGAAGGCCGGCUUUAAGAUGCUGACCGUCGACGUCGAUGACAUCAUCGUCGACUACCCAGACACCUUUGCGCUGAUGCAAGACCUGCAAUCCAUGGGCGAGAACAAUGCCAUCCUCGGUCGCGAGAUGGCCCCAAUCAGACGGGAUGUGCUCAUGGCCAACGAAGCCAUAUACAGGGAGCUACAUGGAAACCCGGACGGAUCCAUCCCAGCAACCUUUAGGAUCAUAUACAUGAUUGGUUGGCGCGAGGGGGAGAACCAGCCGAAACCGCUUGCAAGAGGAAGCGGCGAGCUGAACCUGAAGGAUAUCUUGGAAAAGAAGUAAGUGCCCCGUGGGGCGCGGAGCGCUGUACCAACAGGCAUCAAAGACGAUGCCAGACGACCAUGGUGUAUGUAGAAUAGUGGGGGGAAACGCCGAGUGCCCUGCAGCGACUCUACAUCUUUUGCUGUCCAUCCGUAUAACAUGCGCCAUUUCACCAUCUGCCAACACGCCCGCCCCCCUCUACACCCUGCGCCAGUCCGUCAUUGUCCGCCCAAUGCAGCCCAGGCCAGCUACGUCC